UCACCGCCAUUUGAAACACUCACACACACACACACACACACACACACACACACACACACACACACACACACACUGGCUCUGUCUGAGCUACGUAGCGCGUGUAGCCCUGAAAGAGGACUAGAAGAUGAACUGAGCAGCAGAUCAGACACAAAUCUUCACCAGGAAAAAGGACACAGACUCAGAUUGUUGAAUGACUGACUGGGUGAUGUGAGAGUCCGGAUCGGAGAGAUCUUGCUGGGCCGAGCCAGCAGGCUGAAGUGGAGAAGAAGCAGGACUUUUCGUUGCCUGUGUCGGUACUUUCUCACGCUGGCCAUCAGAUGACCAACUUCUGAAAAGUCUUUGCAGUUUUUCAGCUCGAGACUUCGACACAACAUCAUGGCUGUCUUGUCCUCCUCCUCCAAUCUCCUGUUCCUUCUCCUAAUUUCCUCCCUGGAUUGGCUGUCCACUCCAGGAUCUGCAUUUCUCAUCGGCCGGGACCACGUGACGUCAUCAGCUCCCCUUGAACCUCACAUUACAGAGUGCAUAUCGAGGGACCAGGAGACAUUCCGGUGUUGGUGGAGUCCAGGCAACUUCCACAACCUGUCCUCCCCCGGAGCACUCAGAGUCUUCUACCGCAAGAUUGAAUCGCCCACCAGUGAAUGGAAAGAGUGUCCAGAGUAUGUUCAUUCAAAUAGGGAGUGCUACUUCGAUGGCAAACACACAUCCAUUUGGAUCCCCUACUGCAUGCAGCUCCGCAGCCAAAACAACGUCACCUAUUACAAUGAGGACGACUGUUUCACUGUGGAGAAUAUCGUACGUCCUGACCCACCAGUGUCUCUAAACUGGACCCUUCUGAAUAUAAGUCCCUCCGGGCUGAGUUAUGAUGUCAUGGUCAACUGGGACCCCCCGCCCUCUGCAGACGUUGAGGCAGGCUGGAUGCGCAUCGAGUACGAGAUCCAGUACAGGGAGAGAAAUACCACAAACUGGGAGGCAUUAGAAAUGCAGCCGCAAACCCAGCAGACGAUCUACGGUCUGCACAUAGGAAAAGACUACGAAGUGCACAUCCGCUGCAGGAUGCAGGCCUUCACUAAGUUUGGAGAGUUCAGCGACUCCAUCUUCAUUCAAGUGUCGGAGAUUCCCAGCAGAGAGUCUACUUUCCCGCUCACACUGGUUCUUGUUUUUGGGAUUUUGGGCAUCCUCAUACUCAUCAUGCUUAUUAUCAUCUCUCAGCAGCAAAGAUUGAUGAUGAUUCUGUUGCCACCGGUUCCUGCACCCAAAAUUAAAGGCAUCGAUUCAGAGCUGUUGAAGAAGGGGAAGCUGGAUGAGCUGAAUUUUAUCCUGAGUGGUGGAGGUAUGGGUGGCCUACCCCCUUACGCACCAGAUUUCUACCAAGAUGAGCCAUGGGUGGAGUUCAUCGAGGUGGACGCUGAGGAUGCAGAUACUGGAGGAGAGAAGGAGGACAACCAGGGCUCAGACACCCAGAGGCUCCUGGGUCUGUCCCAACCCGUCAGCCACCACACGAACACAGGGUGCUCCAACGCCGUCAGCUUCCCUGAUGACGACUCAGGCCGGGCCAGCUGUUAUGACCCAGACCUGCCCAUCCAAGACACCCUAAUGCUGAUGGCCACCCUGCUGCCGGGCCAACCCGAGGACGGAGAAUCCUCCUUCGACGUUGUAGAAAGAGCCCCGGCCCCAGAGAGAGGCGAGAGGCCUCUCGUCCAAACCCAAACCGGGGGGCCCCAGACUUGGGUCAACACAGACUUCUAUGCCCAAGUCAGCAACGUGAUGCCCUCAGGGGGCGUAGUACUGUCUCCUGGCCAGCAGCUCAGAAUCCAGGAGUGCAACUCGGCCACGGACGAGGAAAAACAAAAGAAGGGAAAAGAGCACAAAGGCAGUGAGAUUUCUGAGGAAAGCAAGCAGAAGGAGCGGCAGUUUCAGCUGCUGGUAGUAGAUCCUGAAGGCGGCAGCUACACCACAGAGAGCACCGCCCGGCAGAUCAGCACUCCGCCCAGCUCUCCCAUGCCUGGCGAGGGUUAUCAAACCAUACACCCUCAGCCAGCGGAGAGCAAACCUGCAUCCACAGCAGAGGAUAACCAAUCCCCUUACAUUCUUCCUGACUCUCCCCAGUCCCAGUUCUUUGCUCCUGUCGCAGACUACACAGUGGUGCAGGAGGUGGACAGUCAACACAGUCUGCUCCUCAACCCGCCCCCACGCCAGUCUACCCCUCCCUGCCUGCCACAGCACCCACUCAAGGCCCUACCCGCGAUGCCCGUGGGGUACAUCACCCCAGACCUGCUGGGGAACCUUUCCCCGUGAAAUGACAAUGCCAUUAGGCCUUUUUUAAGUGUCAAAGGUUGAUUGACCAGGAAGUCCCCCUGCAGUCACAAAAAGCCUGUUUCUACCUGAUUCCCGCUGGAAACCAAAUAACUCACAGCACACCGUGUGGAUGAGAGUGUACAGGUGUUUGUUUUCAGAGGGUGCUGAAAAGGGCGACGUGAAAAGCUACCAGGCCGACUCUUUUACAUCUGCUACGUCAAUUAAUUUGAUGCAAAGGCAGCCUAAAGUAUAAACACCACAAACCAAAUGCACGGUUUGCUCUAUUUGUUGACAUCCAUGCACAAGAUUACCCAGAUUAUAGGCUGUGAGACUGUGAUUGUAAUGAGUCGAAAAAGCAUUAGCUCGCUGCUAGACUACCUUGGAUUGCAUUAAAUCUCUGGCUAAUUGUGUUUAGAGCAAUGGCAUUGUAGAAGUCUUAAUCUUACAGAGACAUGUCAGUGUGGGAUUGAUCAGGAGAAGACAAGCACAUUCUAGUCAUGUUUUUCACACCACACCAAGAAGGAGCUGUCGUCGAUACCUCUUGCUGGCAGAGAUGCUUUGCCGCUCAGAUGUGGCUUAUUUUGUAUUCUUAGAUUCCUUAUCUCAUUGUGAAAAAAUCCACCCUAAAAUACAGUCACAAAACACUACUAUGCAGUUUUACCUUGCA